GGGUUUUUUUUUUUCCUUUCACAAACACUAUCAUGUUUCGUUCUUGUCUGGCAAGGUAUCUCUGACAAUUCAAAUCCAAAAAUUCUAACUUUUGGAGUCAUUCAAUGGCGGCUGUGUCAGUAGCUGCAGAAUGGCAGCUCCUCUACAACCGCUACUACCGCAAACCCGAGAUCUACACAAUGCAGUGGAAGCAUAUGGAUCUCAAUCGCAACAAGGUAGCGUGCGCUCCCUUUGGGGGACCCGUCGCAGUCAUCCGCGACGACUCCAAGAUCGUUCAAUUAUACGCAGAAUCAGCCCUUCGUAAGCUUCGUAUCUUCAAUUGCGCUGGAGUUCAGCUCUCCGAGACCGUUUGGAAGAACCCAGGUGGACGUCUCGUGGGCAUGGCAUGGACCGAUGAUCAGAAUUUAGUCUGUGUCGUUCAGGACGGUACAGUGUACCGUUACAACAUCCACGCAGAGCUCCAAGAACCAAACAUCUCGAUGGGUAAGGAGUGUUUCGAGCAAAAUGUGGUUGAGUGCGUGUUUUGGGGGAAUGGAAUGGUUUGUAUCACUGAAGGGUUCCAGAUUUUCUGUAUUCCUGAUUUCAAUAAUCCAAAGCCAUGUAAGCUUGCUGAGACGGCAAUUGAAGAGUUGCCGCUUUGUAUGGCGGUGAUUGAGCCACAGUAUACGAUGUCGGGGAAUGUGGAGGUUCUUCUUGCGGUUAAUGAUCAUGUUUUGCUUGUUGAAGAGGAAUCGGUUCAGCAGCUUGGAGAUGGGGUGGGUCCGUUGCAGAAAAUGGUUGUGUCACGGAAUGGUAAGUUGCUUGCUUCGUUUACGCACGAUGGGCGACUUCUGGUCAUCUCUACUGACUUCUCAAAGAUAAUUUUUGAGCAUAAUUGCGAGUCAGCCUUGCCUCCAGAACAGUUAGCUUGGUGUGGAAUGGACAGUGUGCUACUUUAUUGGGAUGAUAUGCUUUUGAUGGUGGGUCCUUACGGAGAUCCUGUACGCUAUCUGUAUGAUGAACCUAUUAUUCUUAUCCCAGAGUGUGAUGGAGUGAGGAUCCUUACAAAUACAAGUAUGGAAUUCUUACAACGAGUUCCAGAUUCUACCGUGUCCAUAUUUAAGAUUGGAAGUACACUACCUGCAGCUUUAUUAUAUGACGCAUUGGAUCACUUUGACAGACGUAGUGCCAAGGCAGAUGAAAAUUUGCGUUUGAUUCGAUCCUCCUUGCCUGAGGCAGUUGAAGCAUGUAUUGAUGCUGCAGGUCAUGAAUUUGAUGUCUCUCGCCAGCGAACUCUAUUAAGAGCUGCUAGCUAUGGCCAAGCAUUUUGCAGCAAUUAUCAACGUGAUCGGUUUCAAGAGAUGUGCAAAACAUUACGAGUGCUAAAUGCUGCGCGCAACUAUGAGAUUGGUAUUCCCCUUAGCAUUCAGCAAUACAAGUUGCUUACUCCAGCAGUUCUGAUUGGUCGUUUAAUAAAUGCUCACCGACACCUUCUUGCGCUGCGUAUAUCUGAGUAUCUUGGCCUUAACCAGGAGGUGGUAAUAAUGCACUGGGCAUGUGCAAAAAUAACAUCUUCCUUACCUAUUCAUGAUGCUGCUCUUCUUGAAAUCUUACUUGAUAAGCUGAAACUAUGCAAAGUGAUAUCAUAUGCAGCGGUUGCUGCACAUGCAGAUAAGAGUGGACGUCGAAAAUUAGCUGCAAUGCUUGUUGAACAUGAACCACGUUCUUCCAAACAGGUCCCAUUAUUGUUGAGCAUAGGUGAGGAAGACAUAGCUUUAAGCAAGGCUACUGACAGUGGCGACACUGACCUUGUGUAUCUUGUUCUUUUUCAUAUCUGGCAGAAGAAGCUCCCCCUGGAAUUUUUCAGUAUGAUUCAAGCGAGGCCUGUAGCUCAUGAUCUCUUUAUCACAUAUGCACGGUGUUAUAAGCAUGAAUUCCUGAAGGAUUUCUUCCUCUCAACUGGACAGCUUCAAGAUGUGGCUUUUCUAUUGUGGAAAGAGUCGUGGGAACUAAUAAAAAAUCCAAUGGCAAGUAAGGGAUCUCCACUUCAAGGUCCACGCAUAAAGUUAAUUGAGAAGGCUCAAAGUCUCUUUGCAGAGACCAAGGAGCACACAUUUGAAUCAAAAGCUGCUGAAGAGCAUGCAAAACUGCUCAGAAUUCAACAUGAAUUAGAAGUGACCACAAAACAGGCCAUAUUUGUUGAUUCAAGUAUCAGUGAUACAAUCCGCACCUGUAUUGUUCUGGGAAACCAUCGAGCUGCAACGAAAGUCAGAACAGAAUUUAAGGUUUCUGAGAAGAGGUGGUAUUGGCUCAAAGUAUUUGCUUUGGCUACAAUCAGAGACUGGGAUGCGCUAGAGAAAUUUUCAAAGGAAAAAAGACCACCUAUUGGUUAUAGGCCAUUUGUGGAGGCGUGUAUUGAUGCAGAUGAGAAAGCUGAAGCUCUUAAAUACAUCCCAAAACUCACAGAUCCUCGAGAAAGGGCUGAGUCAUAUGCACGCAUUGGCAUGGCAAAGGAAGCUGCGGAUGCUGCAUCUCAGACAAAAGAUGGUGAAUUGCUUGGUCGACUGAAGCUAACCUUUGCUCAGAAUACAGCAGCUUCAUCAAUUUUUGAUACCUUGCGAGAUCGAUUGUCCUUCCAAGGAGUUUCUUAGCUUUGUCUCCCGUUUUGUCUUUUGUUUUACUUUCUAUUCCUAUUGUGUGCUUUUGAAG